AUGUCAACUAUCCAAAACUUAAACUCGUUCGAUCCUUUCGCCGACACUGGUGAUUCGGAAGCUCAAGCUACCAAUUACAUCCAUAUCAGAAUCCAACAAAGAAAUGGUAGAAAGACUUUGACAACUGUUCAAGGUCUUCCACUGGAGUAUGACUUGAAGAAGAUCUUGAAGGUGUUGAAGAAAGACUUCGCAUGUAACGGUAACCUCGUUAAAGACGAAGAUAUGGGUGAAGUUAUCCAAUUACAAGGUGACCAAAGAGUUAAGGUUGCUGAAUUCUUGAUUUCUCAGUUACAAAUACCAAAGAAGAACAUCAAGAUUCAUGGUUUCUGA